GUACGUAGAAAACGGAUUUUGACUGGUGCGCGAAGUACAAGUGAACUGUGGGCAGGAGGACGGAAAGGCGCUGGACGAACGAGGUCGAAGGGUUGGAAAUGUCGACGUAGAGAAAGUGAAACCAUGUGAAGACUAGGCAUUUUGAGGAUUACGCAGAAGUUAAAGUAGAAAGAUGGAUGAAAAUGGAGAAGGCGAAGAUUAUAACCUGUCUGAACUGAAACCUCGAAAAAUCCCCAACCAAAACGUUGUGUACAGAGUGAGGGAGCGUGAGACUCACCCAGGGCGUCCUGGCACCCAAUUCCACCGGGCACGCAUCUUCCAUACAAACGUCUUCCCAAACUUCACGGUAAUCAAUGUAGAAAAACCGCCAUGUUUCCUGAGGAAGUUUUCUCCAGAUGGCCGUUUCUUUAUCGCUUUCUCUUCGGACCAGACAUCUAUUGAGAUCUAUGAGUUCCAGGGUCCGGCAGCUGCAGAAGAACUGUUACAAAACACCCAUGGUGACUUUACUGCAGCAAGCAAUGACCAGGUGUCCGUGAAUAUUCGGGGCAAGCUGUUCGACAUAUUUUUCAAACUGAGACACGUGACGGCUGUGGCUGUGAAUGGUGAACAUUUGAACAGGGAGUGUAGCUUGUUUACAGAUGAUGGCAAACAUGUUAUUGUCGGAUCUGCCUGUUACAUUCCUGAUGAGCCACAUCCCUAUUUCUAUGACAUGUACAGAAACAAUGAGUCUGUGACACCUAACCAGCGUUACCCUCUUGAGGAUUAUACGCUAUACUUGGUGGAACUGUCCACUGGACGUUUAUGUGACCGACGGCAGUUCAAGUGCGACAAAAUUUUCUUAUCUCACAAUCAGGGUUUGUAUUUGUACAGGGACACGCUCGCUGUCCUCUCAGUACAGCAACAGACAAUUCAUAUUUUCCAGGUGAAUCCUUCGGGAAGCUUUGUUGAUGUUCGCAGUAUUGGUAGGUUUUGUUACGAGGACGAUGAACUCAUUUUCCACAUGGGCGUGGACCGGCCCAACCCUCAGAGGCCAAACCAUGCCUACAACGAGGUAACGAUUAACUCCCUAAAGCACCGUCUUAUGGUGUACCUGUAUAGAAGAGCCGUGGAGGACGGAACUCCAUAUAGACUCCGCAGGUUCUACCAGUGUUUCGACCAGUUCACGUCUUUACGCAUGUGGAAAAUGCAGUUGCUAGACGAGAACCAUGUCCUUAUUAAGUAUGCCAGCGAGGACGUUGUGACAUUGCGCGUUUCUGACCCCAAUUCUCAGCCGUCGUUCUUCGUCAUCUACAACAUGCUGACAACGGAAGUUGAGUCCGUGUAUGAAAAUGGCUCUGAAAAUCUUUUGGACUUGUUUGAAAAUUUCUGCGACAUGUUUCGUAAUGCGACACUUCACUGUCAGGCUCAGUUCACAUGUUCUGCCUCGUCCAAUAUCUACGCUCGCCAGAUCCAGCAGAGGUUUAAACAGACUAUAAUAAACGCCAAGUUUGGGGGACACACGGAAGCUGUGAAACGUCUCCUGGCGCAGCUUCCCAUCAGUGCUCAGUCAUACAGCAGCAGCCCUUAUCUGGAUCUGGCGCUCUUCAGUUACGACGACAAGUGGGUGUCUGUGAUGGAGCGCCCGAAGGCGUGUGGGGACCACCCCAUCAGAUUUUACGCCAGAGACUCUGCACUGCUGAAGUUCAAGAUCUAUGCAGGAGUUCUGGGACAUAACCCUCCUCCUACAGCACGGAGACUCGUUGCUUUUACGUUCCACCCAUUCGAGCCAUUUGCCAUCAGCGUCCAGAGAACAAAUGCAGAAUAUGUCGUCAACUUUCACAUUCGCCACUGCCAAAGCUGUCGAAAACUUUCGUAGUGUAACUUUGUAUUGGCUUUAAAAAACAAAGCAUUUAAAUUUUUAACCCUUGUGGCCCUUAGUUUAAUCAUUGUCAGGCCAAUAAGGUGACAAAGUUUUUAAUACUUGAAUGUGAUUCAGAUGAAUAAUUUAUAUACAUCAAAUGCUAAAUGAUCAAAAUUUAACUUGUUUUACAAGGGCUUUUUUUCUCAGUGUUUCUGUCAUUUUGUUUACAUAGAUUUUAUUGAGGGAUUCUGUUAUCUGAAAGUGAUGUG